AUGGCCAAGAACAAUGUUGUGAUUCAGAGCCAAGCGGCAUCCUUGAGGAACUUAGAAAUUCAAAUGGGGCAACUAGCUAAUGAGCUAAGGAAUAGACCACAAGGCACCUUGCCUAGUGAUAUUGAAAAUCCAAAGAGAGAUGGUAAAGAGCAAUGCAAGGCGAUCACUUUGAGGAAUGGUAAAAAUAUGGAAUUGACUGAGGAGAAUUCAAUUCCUCAGCAAAAUGCAACAGAGAAGCCAAUGAGCAAGCCACCUCCACCAUUUCCUCAACAUUUUCAAAAGCAGCAACAAGAUGGUCAAUUCCAAAGAUUUUUGGAUGUUUUGAAGCAACUCCACAUCAACAUACCGUUGGUGGACGCUUUGGAACAAAUGCCUAAUUAUGUGAAGUUCUUGAAGGAAAUUUUGACAAAGAAGAGGAGGCUUGGUGAAUUUGAAAUGGUUGCUUUGACUGAAGGUUGUAGUGCUAUAUUGAAGAAUAAAAUUCCUCCAAAGUUGAAGGAUCCGGGUAGUUUCACAAUUCCAAUUUCUAUUGGGGGACGAGAAUUGGGAAUUGGAGAAGCAAGGCCAACUACACUCACCUUGCAAUUGGCUGACCGUUCUAUGGUGCAUCCGGAGGGAAAGAUUGAAGACAUCCUAGUACAAGUUGACAAGUUCAUUUUUCCGGUGGAUUUCAUUAUUCUUGACUUUGAGGAAGAUAGGGAUGUACCGAUCAUUUUGGGGAGACCAUUUGUUGCCACCGGGAGGACGUUGAUAGAUGUUGAAAAAGGAGAGCUCACCAUUCGAGCUCAAGAUGAACAAGUGACAUUCAAGGAUUUUAAUCCUAUACACUCUCCUAAUGAAGUUGAAGAUUGUUUGGCCAUAAGUGUUUCUAACUUCAAGUUGAUUGAAAAGAUGCAUGGAAAGUAUAGCAAUGGAGUCAAGAAAAAGUUUCCUUUUGAAGAAAUUGAGAAAGGUGGGGAGCCAUGGAUAAGUAAGGAAGAAGAGCCAUCUCAUUCUCCAAAGCUACCGAGGAAAAAGAAGAAGAAAAAGAAACAUAGUAGAAAGCCUCAAUCACAAAUGUUGGAAGUUGGGAAUAGAGUUUUUUUUCUCAAACUCUCUAGUGAAAUCAAGGUGUGA